UUAAAAUUUUGCCUGAAAUUCAUAUAACAGCUAUGUAGGUCUGGUUGUCUGUUAGAGGAUUUUAUUGCAAAUUACUAAAUAGCAGGUAAUGAAUAAUUUUACCACAGGCUUUUACUAUUACAUGGCAGAAUCUCACAGUGGCAUGAAAUGACUAUGGCAGUCUAAAAUAAAGAGUUAUAUUUAAAUAGUCCAGGUUAUUUGUGAAAUCCUAUAAAACUAACCCUCAACUCUCUUUUAUUUUACUCUUUAAAAGGUUUCAAGAAAUUAUCACCUAGCAUAUUUUGGUGAGAUAACAUAGAGAUAUAAAAUCAGAGAACAGUGAUUGUUUGCCAGCCUCAUACAUAUGCUAUAAAAAACCUAACGAUUUCAUCAGACAUCACUUGUUUAUUACCAAAUUCCUAAGGGGUCUUCUUAUGAUAUGAAAGUAAGAAAGAAAAAGAGGGAGGAAGAGAUCUUUUGAUCUUUCAGUAGUAUUUCCUAACUUCUCUGAUAUGUGGAUGAUUUUAACGUUAUUUUGUAUUUUCAAAUUUCCCAUGAUCCUGAUCUGAAAUGGACUGAAGCCAGAUUGAAAUCUGGGGGAAGACUACUAACAGGGGAACUAACCAUUAAACCACUACAACCACGAGGUGGUAGAGUUGAUAACCUGAAGGCUGCCAUCAUCCGCAUGUCAAUCACUGUGGUGCUGUCCUCAAACUGGGGGAGCACCUCAGGUGAGGAAGCAGGGCUGAGUGGUAGGGUGGAUGGCGGAUUUAAGAAUGUAGCCUUAGAUUUAACUUGGACCAGGAAGAAGGGGAGUUGUCUGCUUUGCUGCCCUGCAUCAGAGAAUAAUGUGGCACCUGCUCUGGAGUGGAAGUCAAGAGAAACCAGGACUCAAGGAGAGGAAGCAUUUGCCCACGCUCAUGCAGUAACUUCCACCGUGGGGACCUCACACCAGCUGGAGGCGUCGGACAUGCUGAAGCCCGGGGACCCCGGCGGCUCGGCCUUCCUCAAGGUGGACCCAGCCUAUCUGCAGCACUGGCAGCACCUCUUCCCGCACGGCGGCGGCGGAGGCCCGCUUAAGGGCAGCGGCGCCGGGGUUCCCCUGGGCGCGCCGCAGCCCCUCCAGCCGCCGCCGCCGCCGCCGCUGCCCCCGGAGCGCGUUGAGCCUUCACCGGACAGCCUGCGCCCGCGGCCCGCGUCGCUCUCCUCCGCCUCCUCCACACCGGCUUCCUCCUCCACCUCGGCCUCCUCGGCCUCCUCCUGCGCCGCCGCCGCCGCGCUGGCCGGUCUCUCGGCCCUGCCCGUGGCGCAGCUGCCGGUGUUCGCGCCCCUGGCCGCCGCCACCGUCGCCGCAGAGCCGCUGCCCCCCAAAGACCUGUGCCUCAGCGCCGCCUCGGGCGCGGGGCCCUCCAAGUGCGGCGCCGGCGGGGAUGGUCGGGGCACUUCGCGCUUCCGCUGCAGCGCCGAGGAGCUGGACUAUUACCUGUACGGCCAGCAGCGCAUGGAGAUCAUCCCGCUCAACCAGCACACCAGCGACCCCAACAACCGUUGCGACAUGUGUGCGGACAACCGCAACGGGGAGUGCCCCAUGCACGGGCCGCUGCACUCGCUGCGCCGGCUCGUGGGCACCAGCAGCGCCGCGGCCGCCGCGCCCCCGCCCGAGCUGCCCGAGUGGCUUCGGGACCUGCCGCGGGAGGUGUGCCUGUGCACCAGCACCGUGCCCGGACUGGCCUACGGCAUCUGUGCGGCACAGAGGAUCCAGCAGGGCACCUGGAUUGGGCCCUUCCAGGGCGUCGUGCUGCCCCCAGAGAAGGUGCAAGCCGGCGCGGUGAGGAACACGCAACAUCUCUGGGAGAUAUAUGACCAAGAUGGGACACUACAGCACUUUAUUGAUGGUGGGGAACCUAGUAAGUCGAGCUGGAUGAGGUAUAUCCGAUGUGCAAGGCACUGCGGAGAACAGAAUCUAACAGUAGUUCAGUACAGGUCGAAUAUAUUCUACCGAGCCUGUAUAGAUAUUCCCAGGGGCACCGAGCUUCUGGUGUGGUACAAUGACAGCUAUACAUCUUUCUUUGGGAUUCCCUUACAAUGCAUGGCCCAGGAUGAAAACUUAAAUGUUCCCUCAACCGUGAUGGAAGCCAUGUGCAGACAGGAUGCCCUGCAGCCAUUCAACAAGAGCAGCAAACUGUCCCCCACCACUCAGCAGCGCUCCGUCGUUUUCCCACAGACCCCCUGCAGCAGGAACUUCUCUCUCCUGGAUAAGUCUGGGCCCAUCGAAUCAGGUUUUAACCAAAUCAACGUGAAAAAUCAGCGAGUCCUCGCAAGCCCGACUUCCACAAGCCAGCUCCACUCAGAGUUCAGUGACUGGCAUCUCUGGAAAUGUGGGCAGUGCUUUAAGACUUUCACACAGCGGAUCCUCCUACAGAUGCACGUGUGCACACAGAACCCCGACAGGCCCUACCAGUGCGGCCACUGCUCCCAGUCCUUUUCCCAGCCUUCUGAACUGAGGAACCACGUGGUCACUCACUCCAGUGACCGGCCGUUCAAGUGCGGCUACUGUGGCCGUGCCUUUGCUGGCGCCACCACGCUCAACAACCACAUCCGAACCCACACUGGAGAAAAGCCCUUCAAUGAUCAGAGCUGCAGCAGGACAGGGCUCUCUGGAGAAAUCACCUUCCCCCUGCCUAUUGACAGAUCCCUCUGUUCUGCAUCAGCCGGGCUUUGUCCCAUCCCAGGCAUCCAGGCCUUGGAAGGAGCCACCAAUUAAACCUCUUGAGCCGGUGCGAGAGGUGUGAGAGAAGCUUCACACAGGCCACCCAGCUGAGCCGACACCAGAGGAUGCCCAAUGAGUGCAAGCCAAUAACCGAGAGCCCAG